AGAAUUAAGCCAAUAAUAAGAAUAAUUAAUACAUAUAGUAAUAAUGUAUCUAUCUCCCACAAACAGCGGCAUUAAACAAUGCUAAUUGCCGGCACAAAACCGUCUUUAGGCACUCUCUUUGGUUUUUUUCCGCCUCACCGCGUGCCACGUGUCACCACUAGUGGGCCCCCCACACGCACACUCUCUCUCAUUGUUUGGGCGGCGGCCCCCUUUUCUACCAGUCAAACCCCUCGUUGACCGUGCCCCACCCCCACCAUUACGUUUUCCUAUAUAAUAAGAGGCUUUUCACCCCCACAAAUAAUUCAUACCCAAUUCCCGGCAUACAAUUAAUUACUUCUUUUCUCUCUCACAAAUUAGGAUUAAGCAAUUAGUUCUUGGAGAGAACAUAUAUUGAUUAAUGGCGAUGAAGGACAACAAGGCUGACGGCGUUAACCCCAAGGCUAACGGCGUUAAUAAGGACGUCCACUACCGGGGCGUUAGGAAGAGGCCGUGGGGCCGCUACGCCGCCGAAAUCCGCGAUCCCGGCAAGAAGAGCCGCGUCUGGCUCGGCACAUUCGACACCGCUGAGGAGGCGGCGCGUGCCUACGACGCGGCGGCGCGUGAGUUUCGUGGGCCGAAGGCCAAGACCAACUUCAACCUUCCCUCCGCCGCCGCCGCCGCCGCCGUCCGCAGUCCCAGCCAGAGCAGCACGGUCGAGUCGUCAAGCGCCGACAACAAUACACGCGCCCCCAUCGAGCUCGAUCUCACGCGCCGCCUCGGCGCCAUCCCAGACGCCGGCGUCACCGUAGCGCAGGCCGGCGGUGGUGGGUUGAAUCCCAUGAAUGCGUACCAGUUCUUCCGUGGGCAGCCGGCGAUGGCGGUCCUGCCCAACGGGCAGCCCGUGUUUCUGUUCAACUCGCUAGUGCAGCAGCCGGGUAUGGCGGCGGCGGCGUACCAACUGAACCAGGUGGCGGUUGGGUUCAAACGCGGCGGCGCGUUGCAGAGCAACUCGGACACGUCGUCGGUGGUGGAUGAGAACAAUUUAGAUGGGUCUGAUGCGAAGAGAGGGGGGCUGGAUCUUGAUCUUAACAUGCCGCCGCCCCUGGAAAAUUGAAUCGAACCUGUUCGACGUUUAACUGAGGAUUACAUUAAACUGACGUUUAGUGUGUGUAUAUAAUUUUUUAUUUUUGUUUUUGCAGCUGAGAGUAUGAAUAAUAGCUCUAGUUGUUCCAAUUAAUCUUCUUUUUUUAAUCGGUCUUUAUGGAUAAAUUAAACUAUUAAAUUUGUUGUAAUUUCGAUUUAUUUUGUUUUAAAGUAAUUUUGAUGUAAUUUAUUCAGAUUGCAUUAGCUCCGAAA